AUGUCUAGCCCUGAUAUCACACUGUACACUGCCCAAACUCCAAAUGGGAUCAAGAUCUCUAUUGCCCUGGAGGAAUUGGGCCUCCCAUACAAGGUCGAAAAGAUUGACAUUAGCAAGAACGUCCAGAAGGAGCCCUGGUUCCUCGAAAUAAACCCCAAUGGCCGCAUCCCCGCCCUCACAGACACCUUCACAGACGGCCAGAAGAUCCGACUCUUCGAAUCGGGCAGCAUCCUCACCUACCUCGCCGAGCAAUACGACAAAGACUUCAAGAUCUCCUACCCCAAAGGAACCCGCGAGUACUACGAGACAAUCAGCUGGCUGUACUUCCAGAACGCGGGCGUCGGCCCCAUGCAGGGACAAGCGAACCACUUUUCUCGAUACGCGCCCGAGCGCAUCGAGUACGGUGUGAACCGGUACGUCAACGAGACGAGGCGCCUCUACAGCGUGCUCGAUAAACACCUGGAGUCUUCGAAGUCGGGAUACCUUGUCGGCGACCAUAUCACUAUCGCUGAUAUCUCGCACUGGGGGUGGGUUGCUGCUGCGGGGUGGGCCGGCGUUGAUAUCGAGGAGUUCCCGCACCUGAAGGCUUGGGAGGAGAAACUGGCUGCCAGGGAGGGCGUUGAGAAGGGCAGGCAUGUGCCUAGCCCGCAUACCAUCAAGGAUUUGCUGAAGGAUAAGAAGAAGUCUGAGGAGGAGGCUGCGAAGGCCAGGGCUUGGGUGCAGGAGGGGAUGAAGAGUGAUGCGGCCAAAUAG